UUUACCGCCAAUUAUAGUGUCCGAGAAUGUUGGCGGUUUCUUUGUUUGGUUUGGGACGAAUCGCGUUUGGCAAAACAACAAUAUCAAUAUGCUUUUCCUCCAAAACCAAUUCAGUGUCCCAAGUUCGAGUCUCUGCGAGUAAAAAAGGAGCCAACAAAAGCGUACAAUUUCAACAUGUAACCCAACCUCAAAUUGAAGACCACAAAGAGAUUCGAGGAUUUGCACCCACAGGACCAAGUGAAUUGGCUCAAAGUGGUGAGGCCCCUGCACAUUGGAAAGAGGUUCUUGAAGGGAUUCGCCUAAUGAGGAGUUCGGUAGACGAACAUGAACCGGUAGAUACUAUUGCACGUGACAAAGCUGGUGAUACUGUACCUCCUAAGGAAAGAAGAUUUUCUGUCCUGGCAUCUUCCCUUUUAUCGAGCCAAACUAAGGAGCAUGUUACUCGUGGAGCUACUCAACGUCUUCGUGAAAAUGGUAUGCUUACUGCUGAUGCAAUCAACAAAGCUGAUGAAGAAAUCAUCAAAAAGUUGAUUUAUCCUGUUGGAUUUUAUACAAGAAAAGCCAGUUACUUGAAGAAAAUUGCUAAUAUUUGUCUCGUGAAGUAUGAUGGAGACAUACCGAGCUCAAUUGAGGAACUACUCUUACUUCCAGGCGUAGGUCCUAAGAUCGCUCAUCUGGUUAUGAUUGUUGGAUGGAACAAUGUCCAAGGGAUAUGUGUGGAUACCCAUGUCCACCGCAUUUGCAAUCGCCUUGGAUGGGUUUCGAGAUCAGGCUCAAAACAGAAAACAUUGACACCAGAAGAAACAAGACAAGCGCUGCAAUGGUGGCUUCCGAAGGAAGAAUGGGUUCCUAUAAAUCCUCUUUUGGUAGGAUUUGGAAGAGCAAUUUGUACUCCUCUACGGCCUCACUGUGGACAGUGUAGUGUAAGUAGGUUCUGCCCAUCAGCGUUCAAGUAGACUUCAAGCCCGUCAUCCAAGUCCAAUAAGUUUACAUUCAACAAGACUUGAUCAAAGCUGAUCAACUUAUUACAAGGUUCUUGUUAGAAGAAUUUGACUCUUCUAGAUUCCUUACCAUAAAAUUCCUUACUUUCUUAGAAUUAGUUUAAGAGUGUGCUUACAUGAUAAUGAUGAUGGUAACAAAGAUAAUGCUAGCAGAGACCAUGUUGAUAAUAGUGUCAGUAUCAAUGGUAAUUGUAGUAGUAAUAUUGAUGACCAUAUUGUGGUAUGUGAUAAUAGUGAUGGUAGCAACAAUGCCAAUUGGAAUAAAAACCAUUUUACUCUUUA